GUGAUGCUACAUUUUGUGCGUGAGACUAGACUUCAAAUGUAGAGUAUCUUGAGUGGAACUGUGAUAGUUUGUUUGUGCUGAAAAAGAAGAAUGAGUGUGGAAGUGGUGACCGGCAACUUUGACUGUGGAGUCAAAAGCAUACUGACAACCGUCAAAUCAGGAGAGGACUUAACCCAGCUUACAUCUCUCGAUGAUACAUGCUGUACUCUUAGUGAGUCGAAACGUGCUGGUUUACAGACUAAGCCGUCAUUGCCUCCUAAGCCACAUGCUAAGGCUGCUGCAAAAUCAAAGAAGUUGAAUGGCGUGGAAAGGGAUGCGGAUGACAGCUCAAAACAACAGGGCGAUGUGAAGCUCAGGAUGCGUGACAACACUAGACCAACUCAUGGGGCGAUUGGACGCCUUUCGGCCAUGUGGGAAGACAGGGCAGCUGCGCAUGCUCAUCAAUUAUCUUGUGAUAAACAUGAGGUGAAAACGAACAGGAAAAAGAAAUCUGUUAGUACAGUGAAAUGUGGGGAUAUUUGUGAAGCUGAUGAAGUUAGUACAUUGAACGAGGACGCUGAUGCAAAUGGCAAAGACAGCGAUGCUCUCAAUUGCAAUCAGGUUGAUGUCGCAUCAAGUGAGAACCAAACUGAAGACGCAGACUCUACAGAUCUCGGUCAGCAUCAACAACAGAGUCAGCUGGCAUCCACAACUAAGGAGGUGGCCACCACGCAUGGCAAACCACGUGAUGAUGAGGAGAUUAAACACACAAAGGGUGAGAACUCUAACACAGCGGCCAUUGCAAGAAACGGCAUCAACAAGGAAGCAGCAAGACUGAUGGCCACUAUUGCAACUAAUAAGACAAAGACGUGUGUAGUAUGUGAGAAGGCUGUGUACCACAUGGAGAAGUUAGAAGUAGAUAAACAGCUGUUUCACAAGCAUUGCUUUAAGUGCCAAGAGUGCAAAAAGACGUUGAGUGCUGGAACCUAUGCAUCCCUGGAGGGUCAAAUAUUCUGUAAGCCACAUUUCAAACAACUCUUCCGACUGAAAGGCAACUACGACGAAGGCUUCGGUCGACAGCAACACAAAACCAAAUGGAACUAAAACACAGAAAAUCUCAAUCAACUGUCAUCAUCUAUUGAACCUACCCAAGGUGUUAAAUAUAUAUAAAUUAUGUUCUAUUUCCAAUGUUGUACGUUUGUAGAUGUAGAUCAAUAUCUGUUAUGAUAAAUCGGAAAAGAGAUAGUUUGCUAACUACUUAUAUAACGUUAUUUUCUUGUGUCAAUUAGUAUCAUUCAAUACUUGAUUUGUAUGUUUGAUAUGAAUCGGUAAAUUCGAAUUGUACUCAUGUGACAAAAUACAAGAACAAUAAAUGUGAAA